CUAUCUCUUUUCCUCUGUGAGUGCAUGAAACCCGGAGCGCAUGAGAUCUCCUCCCGAAACCUGAGCGCGCAGUCACCGAAACGAGAGGCGAUACACCCCGCACAACAUGGCUACAAUUGUAACCUCCACCAGGUUCACAGACGAAUAUCAGCUCUACGAAGAGCUCGGAAAGGGUGCCUUUUCAGUGGUCCGGAGGUGCGUUAAAAAAUCGACUGGCCAGGAAUAUGCUGCUAAAAUUAUUAACACAAAAAAACUCUCAGCAAGAGAUCAUCAGAAACUGGAACGAGAGGCUCGGAUUUGUCGUUUGCUCAAACACCCCAACAUCGUUCGACUCCAUGACAGUAUCUCUGAAGAAGGCUUCCAUUACCUUGUCUUUGAUCUUGUCACCGGCGGAGAGCUGUUCGAAGACAUCGUCGCCAGAGAGUACUACAGUGAGGCGGAUGCAAGCCAGUGCAUCAAUCAGAUCCUGGAGAGCGUCAAUCACAUCCACCAGCAUGACAUCGUGCACAGGGACCUCAAGCCCGAGAAUCUGCUCCUGGCCAGCAAGAUGAAGGGGGCUGCGGUGAAGCUGGCCGACUUCGGCCUGGCCAUCGAGGUACAGGGUGACCAGCAGGCAUGGUUCGGGUUUGCAGGCACCCCCGGCUACCUCUCCCCAGAGGUCCUGAGGAAAGACCCCUACGGCAAGCCGGUGGACAUCUGGGCCUGCGGAGUGAUCCUGUACAUCCUCCUUGUGGGAUACCCUCCCUUCUGGGAUGAGGACCAACACAAACUCUACCAGCAGAUCAAGGCGGGGGCAUACGAUUUCCCCUCACCCGAGUGGGACACAGUCACCCCCGAGGCGAAGAACCUCAUCAACCAGAUGCUGACCAUCAACCCGGCCAAGAGGAUCACCGCCGACCAGGCCCUGAAGCACCCGUGGGUCUGCCAACGUUCCACUGUGGCAUCCAUGAUGCACCGCCAAGAGACUGUGGAGUGUCUGCGCAAGUUCAACGCCCGGAGAAAACUGAAGGGAGCCAUCCUCACGACCAUGCUGGUAUCCAGAAACUUCUCAGUGGGCCGGCAGCACACCAGCCCUGCCGCCACCACCAGUACUGCCGCGAUGGCGCAGGAAGCAUGCAAAAGUUUACUAAACAAAAAGUCGGACGGAGUGAAGCCGCAGACAAACAACAGUAAAAACAGUGUAAUAAGCAGCACCAGCACCAAAGACAGCAGCAUUUCACCCUCAGCACCAAUGGAACCACAGACCACAGUCGUGCACAACCCAGCUGAUGGCAUCAAGGGGUCCACAGAGAGCUGUAACACCACAGAAGAGGAGGAUAUGAAAGGUAGGAAAGCUUCCGCCAGCGGGGUUAGCAGCGACAGUGCCGUGGCCAGCCAGUGCAGCGCGACAGAGGACCUGAUGGCCCAGGCCGAGUCCCCUCAGUGCCCUCCUGCCACUGAGCCGCUGCAUGAGGUAAAGCGCCUUGCUUGGAGCAGUUCAAAGCAGGCCUCCUGCCCUGACUUAGAGCAUGCUCAGCCCGCACCCCCCGCCCUGCCCCCACGGGGCGCUGUGGCCCGGCAGUGUAAGUCUCGCAAGCAAGAGAUCAUUAAAAUCACGGAGCAGCUGAUCGAGGCCAUCAACAACGGGGACUUUGAGGCUUACACGAGAAUCUGUGACCCUGGGUUGACCUCGUUCGAACCCGAAGCACUCGGAAACUUGGUGGAAGGCAUGGAUUUCCACAAAUUCUACUUUGAGAACUUGUUGAGUAAGAACAGCAAGCCGGUGCACACCACGAUCCUGAACCCGCACGUGCACCUGAUCGGAGAGGACGCCGCCUGCAUCGCGUACAUCCGCCUCACGCAGUUCAUCGACAGCCAGGGCCGGCCACGCAGCAGCCAAUCAGAGGAGACCCGCGUCUGGCACCGCCGCGACGCCAAGUGGCUCAACGUCCAUUUCCACUGUUCAGGAGCCCCCGCCGCACCCCUGCAGUGAACCCCCGAGCACAGGUUGCUGAAUUCUGAAGCAGUUUGGAGCGUUUCUUCUCCGUGGUCGGAUCAGCCCCGGGGACCCAGCCGGAAGCGACCUCUCGAAGUUUUAAACACACACACACACACUCAAAUACUUGCGCACACACGCACAAAACACUCACGCACACACACACACACACACACACACACAAACACACAAAAAAAAGAAAGGUAAAAAAAAGCCAACCAACACCACCACCAGUGAUUGAGUGAGACCCAGGCCUGCGCUGGGAGACAGCCCUGACUGCUGCUCCGGCCUCCGGACGGUGCAUGCUUCUGACGCCCACACGGGGGCGCUGUCUCGUCCUCUUCCCAUGGAUCCAUCUCUUCUGCCCCGUUUACACUGUCCAGAAGGUGUUUCAAAAGUAUUUAUAAAUAUAUAUUACAAAAAAAAAAAAAAAAAAACAUUGAAAUGUGUCGGAAAUUUACGAACGCGAGUUUAGGAAAAAAUAAGGACGAAGGGUUCCAGCCAUUUCGAAGUUUAGAAAUGUGAAGUUUUACAAACCGCGCACGCCACCCCCGAUUAGUGGUGGGUGUCGCAAUUUUUUUUGUUUGAAAAUCUGACAAAAAAAAAAAAAUGUAUAUCUAGAUUUUUGGAAGAAAAAGUCAACAGAGUGAGGAAGGACAGGAAGUGAUUAUAUGACUUAAUAUCAAAAUUAAAAGCACCAAAGUGUAGACUUUAGGCAUUUUAAAAGUUUUGUUUUAAUGUUGGUUAAAUUCUUUUUUUUUAUGGGGUGGGGAGGGGGGGCUGGGUGCAGGUUUUUAGUAUUUUGUUGUGUUAUUGUGGAACUCUUUGCUUUCUAUCUCCUGAAUGAUGAGUGUACUUGGGAAGUAUUUUGUGUUUCAAGCGAAUUAAUUUUUAAGAAGGGGGAUUUUUUUUAAUUUAAGAUACAUAUGUAUAGAGUAUAUAUAAGGAGGGGAAAAAAAGUGAAAGCUUAAUUUCCAGGGCUUGGGGAAGGGAGUUUUUGUGUGUCCUCUCCUCUCCUCUCCUCUCCUCUCCUCCUCUCUGAGUUUUUUGCUCUGAUAUGUUUUAUGAAAAGCUUUUUAUGUUUUUAUGCAUCUUUCACACGUUAAGGAAGCGCAGGACGCGUGGAGAGUCUCGCCUGCCCCCCAGACCCCCCGCCCUGUGACCUCUGACCUCUGACCUCUGCCCCUGCCCCCGCCCACACGUCCCCCCCGGUCCUGAAGUUGCAGAACGUCGGCAGUUUCAGCGCCAGUGUUCUGAGAGCCCGUUUCCCCCCACGCUCCCUCUAACGUGGGCCGAACGCUUCCCUUACUACUGCCCCCGACCCGAGACCCCCCCCAGCUCAGCCCCCGAAAGUGGUGCUCGUAGGGUGAGUUCACUUCAAGCCCGGAAUCCCACAAUACCGUUAUUAAAGAAGGCCUGAAACUGUUCUGCUCACACUCGGCUUAACGAUGUUCGGUUCACUCCGAGUGAAACUUCUGCAACUUCAGGUCCGUGCCCCCCCCCACCAGCUAACCCCCCGCCCCCGCCCCUGCCCCAGACAGCGUCCCAGCAACCAUCGCUGUCCCUCCAGCACAUCCAGUGACCCCCUCCCCUCUCCUCGGACUCUUGCGCCCCCAAAUCUGGGGCCCGUUCCUCAGCGGUACCUCCGCACCUCUCUUCCGUCACCGGGCUGGGGUCUGAGGGGCGGCAGUGCCCAUCCUGUGCCACCCCGUGCCAGGCACAGAGAGGGGACCGCCGGUGUGUUUGGCGGGUGUGUGGCGGUGUGUGUGGUGGUGUGUGUGCCGGUGUGUGUGGAUACGUUCGCUCAGUGCAGGCAGGGCAGAGAGGGAACGGUGGUGUCUAGGCCGGAGAGUCUCUCUCCCUCUCUCUGUCCCUCUCUCUCUCCCUCUCUGCCAAAGGCAGUCAAGGGUGUGAUUUCUCGUCACGGUUUCCUUUACUAAUGUUCUUAUUGUUAGUAUUCUUAGUGCUGGUAUUAUUAUGAGUAAUCUUAUGAGUAAUGUCUUUAUUUGAAAUGUAAAUACUUUUGGUGGAGACGGGCGAAAGGGGGGAAGGAUUUGGAGCUCUGGCUGAAUGAGUCAGGCCACUGUGUGGAGAGGGAUGGGACUAUAUAGCCAACAGCGCUUUCUGUCCCAUCCCAUACACACACACACACACAAACACACACACACACACACACACACAUAUAUACAUACACAUACUCACACAUACGCAUACACACACGCAUGCAAGCACACAUGCUCAAAUGAACACGCAUGCACACACAUGCACACCCAACUAAAUACACAUGCGUGUGUACCUUCCCCUCAGUGGCAGAAAUCCAGCCUCAGGAUUCUGCUCUCUGAUGGAGGAGUCAUUUCCAGGAUGAACCACCAGGUGGUGCUCAUACCUACCUUAUCUGCCUGCAGAGGAUAACCUCCCCACAGCCGUCUUAGGGGAGGGAACACAGAGCAUGUUUUCACAUUCAGAUAGCCACCGCACACACACACACACACACUCACGCGUGCACACACAGAGCUCCCUUUAAAACAUGUCCCUGUGUUCAUGGCAGCGAAACAUUGAAACACUCUUGUUUUCACUGUGUUGAGUAGACAAUGUAUGUGUGUGAAUUGUAAUGUUGGGGGUUUGGGUUCUGUGGUUCUAUGCCCAGGGGUGUUCCACCCCCCUCCCUAAGCUGUGUAAACCAUGUUCCACCGCGCACCCCUGAAAGAGGGGACGCAGCGUCUACCUGGCCCGUCCCCAGGUUACUCUGGGGGGUGAUAACACAAAUCUGUUUUUAAAAAAAGAAUAUUAUCGGGCGAUCGACGCACCCCUGGCUUUCCACGUCAUGCGUACCCCACCAUACUGUGUAACACACGUUUUGGCUGUGUAACAUAUCAGCGCCCUAACACUGUGUCACCUCCUCCAUGAAGCCAUGUAUUAUACUCUGUGACGUUCUGUUUUUAAGUAGUUUAAAAUUGACUUGCGCUGUGGUGCACCGGUUGUCUCGCCUGGCCAAGCUGGAUUCACGCGCGUGUGCACAGCCAAGGGUUGUCAAUGUGGAAGAGUACAAGCUACAAUGCAGUUUACUUCAGCUGAAAAAUGGCGAAAAUACAAACAAGACGAAAGUGAUGAGAAGCGAGACACUAACUAUUAAAAUAAUAGUCACACCUUUGAUGGUACUUAACCGUACUUUAGGAGAACAAAGGAUAACAUUGACAUACUUACAAAUACCGAAAUGAUAAGUAAUUCCUAAAAGCCACAGUUUAACAAGAAAACUAUAUAUGCAGUUUUACAAGAGGAAGAAAUAUGCAUGUCUACUUUCUGGUAAAUAUUUUUCACCGUCUGUGUUUACUUAAAUAAAAUCUAUGUUAGUUGCAUCUUUGAGGUCAAUGAAAACUGCUCCGUCUCAAAUAUAAGUGAUGUAUCACAUUUUAAAAAAGGAAAAAAAAGAAAAGCCUUAGCUUGGUAUGUUCCCCCUCCUUAUUAGUAAAUCUAUUGCAUUGUAACUGUAUAUUAUGGGGCUACAUAUAAAUAUACUCUGAGUUUUAAAUUGGAUGCUGGAUUUUGCAUGAUCAUACAACUAAUAAACCAUGAAUUUAAAACAAUCAAGUGUUCGUUUGAAUGUUAGUAGGUCUUCAUCAUAGCUUUGUUAUUGAAUCUUGAUCUGGAAGUAUUUAAUAAAAAUAACAUUUCAA